AUGCUCAAGGUUCCGAGGCCUGCAGAAACCUACAACUCCCUGCAGACGCCCGAGGCAGACGUGCCCCUCUGCGAGGCUGCUGCCUCUUUCCUCCCUUCCUCGGGGGACCGGCUCAUCCAGCAGACACCCGACUCCUCCACCAGCCCCUGUGUUCCCCUGCCUGGCUUCGUGGAGGCCUCAGGCAAGCAGAAGGUGAAGAAGCAGAAGGUGCGCACCAGUCUUCACACAGCACAACUCUGCGUGCUCAACGACCGCUUCCAGAGGCAGAAGUACCUCAGCCUGCAACAGAUGCAGGAGCUCCGCAGCACCCAGAACCUCAGCUACAAGCAGGUGAAGACCUGGUUCCAAAAUCAGAGAAGGAAAUGUAAGAGAUGGCAGAAAAGCAACUGGCAGAACAGCGCUGACACAUUUCAGAAGGGCACAGGUACCUGCUCCAAGUAUGCCCAGGGCAGCCUGGUGACUACAUCCGGGAACCUUCCCAUGUGGGGCAACCAGAUCUGGAACAACACAGCAUGGAAUAGUUAG